AUGGUCAUUCAUCCCAACUCACCCGAGUUUGGACCCAGAAUCAAACCCGUUCAAUUGGACAGCUGCUACAAAUUGGGACCUCCCAAAAACGCAUACCAUUCCACUAUCGCCCAUCACAAAAAUCCUCUGCAACUCAGAGCUUAUAAUCCCCGUUUUCUCGAUCGGAAUCCUAAGCUACAAUCGGCAACUGAUCCCUUCUUUUUCCUCUCUUUCUACGGUUACGGCAUACGAACUCAUCAAGCAUAUGUUUAUGUAGCUAAUUUCCUCUCUUUCUCGAUAGGGUUCUCGCUCUUCGUUAACUGA